AUGAGCACCGAGCUUCCCUCCAUCAACCGGUAUAUUACCACCCACAACCAAAAUGGCAAAGCCGUCUUUUCCACCCGGGUCCCCGAGCCUAUGCCCAAACAGGUCGUCAAUGGCAUCCCGUUCGGCUUGGCAUACACCUCCAAUGAAUUCCCAGCCCAGCUGUCUGAAGACGCCGACAUCAAGAAAUAUGAGGCCAAUCUAAUUACGCCCCCUGGCCUUGCUAUUUCAACCGGAACCGUUUGCCGAAUUGUCGACUUCCCACCCGCUGCUGAAAGUCCUAUGCAUCGCACUGUUUCGUUGGAUUACGGUGUCGUUUUGGAAGGCGAGGUUGAACUUUCUUUGGAUGGCGAGGAGAAGCGAGUUAUGAAGAGAGGCGACAUCGCAAUUCAGCGAGCCACAAACCAUGCUUGGAAGAAUGUUACACCUAACGGCGGAUGUGCGAGGAUGCUGUACGUCCUUACUCCUUGUCAGCCCAUUAAGGUUGAGGGCUUGGGAGUACUCGGCGAAAACGUUGAGGGUAUUGAUGUGGAGGCUAGCCAAUAA